GUUUUCCUCUUUGUUUUCAAUUCUCAACUCGUGCUGGAGUUAUGAAACUUGAGGAGAAAAAUUUUCAGUUUACCUUCUUAUUGAUAUUUUAUUAUAUCUAUAUAAAAUAAUGUGAUAUUAAAUUGCCGUUAUAAAGGAAACUGAGUUGGAAAAGUUGGCUGGUCAGUUCGUCAGUCGGUUUUCUAAUUUCACAAUCUAUUUUGUUUUUCUGUCAUUCAUUAUUGAGAGCUGGGUCUGUGAAAAUUUAUACCUUCUCAGUCGAAGUUCUGCUUUUGAAUGAAGAAGAGGUUUCUUGCUCUCCAAUUCCUGCAGACUUUUUGUCCAUAAGUUUCUAAGAAAUGAUCCACGGCUAUGCGAUUUUAGGUUCACUUGUCUGCAAACCGCACCAUGUGUAAUAGCGUGGUCUACCAAUUGAAGGAACUUGUGCAUGAGUUGAAGUAAUCCAAAGAAGAUGGGGCCGUAGGCAAUUUGUUUUGUCUUGGCCUCAAGGAAAUUUGUUUUUUCUUGGUCCCCAGUUAUGGUCUUUUUUAUAUGAACAAGUUUAAAAUUGAUGUCGUGGUUGCAAAGAUUGCCUUCUAGUUGGUUUACCAGUUUGAUAUACUUGGAAAACGAAUAAUUUGGUAAAUAUGUUAGUGUCGUUAAUAGUACUAUUGAUCUGCUUCCAAGCUUUUGUAUCUUUGGUAGCAAUGUUCUUUGAUGUGUAGAACUGAGAACUGAAUUCGUUCAUUGUUUGUGCAUUCUAUUAUUAUGUUUUAAAUUAUACGGAAACAUUGAGUGUAGGUUAUAAGUAAAGAUGCUAGAAAAUAAGAAAUACUACAUGGAGCUGAAAACCAUGGCACCGUUUUUCUUUUCCUGAGAAACCAAGAAAAACUAGCGAGAAUAAGAUAACGAGGGAUUAUGGAUGUAGUUACUGAGAUGAGAAAUCAAUAAAAUGUUGAUUUAAAUAAUUGUUAUCAUGCUGUGGUAUUCAAAUCUUCCUGAGAAAGAGAAAAACUAAGUGGCUGGGAAAUUCUCGUCAAACAUGGGGAAAUGAAGUUGUUCUAGGCGAGGUCAUUCUGAGCACCUUCUGAUUCUUAGAUCCUGCGUUUAUUAUUUCUACACGUUAAUAUUUUAAUAAUAUCUUAUGCCCAGAAUCAUGUGAGGCUCCUUUGUUCAUGCUGUUCUGUUGCAGCUUUAUUGGUUUGGAUUCCUGUGUUGUUCUCCUCGGUUGUAGGAGAGAAAGGCUUCAAGUGGGUGAUAAAGAUAUUUCUCUUCUUUUGGGAGCUAUCAUUUCUGGACCACGUUUUUGUUCAUGGCUGAAACUUCAAGAUGUUGACCCCAGGCUUCUCUUAAUGAUAUCUCUGGUCCCACAGUUUCUCAAUUUAGGUGUCCACUUGAGCAGUUUUUGCAUCUGUACGUGUUCAUGCUCAGGGCCACAUGUGUUCUUCCCCAAAGGCAGAAGAUCAGAACUGGCCUCAGCCAUUGCUUUUCACCGUCCAGAAUAUGUGACCAUAAGAGAUAGUGGCACAUAUCACAAUGUCGGGACAUUCGUUUCUCUUUUUCCAAUUGGCUUCCAUGAAUUCCAUUGCCGACCUCAAUUUAAUAUUUUUCAAAACCUUCACUUCCAUGGAUUGGUACAGGUUCCUCAUAUCCUUUUCAUUUCCUGAUAAUUUUAGGGCCCCAUGAUGCAGAUGGUGGGAUCGGAUAACAUGAGGGCAUCAGAUCUGGGCCUAAGGGAGGAUAUGCGAUAUUUUCGGGUUAAUGUGCCUGAGUUGAGCCCCUUUGUUACAAUAAUGCCCAUCUAUGCGUGUGAUAAGUUCUCUAUCUGCAUCUUCUGCUUGCCUCCAGCUGCCUUCAUUCCCCUUCACAAUCACCCUGGAAUGACUGUUUUCAGCAAGCUUCUUUUUGGUUCAAUGCACAUCAAAUCUUAUGAUUGGGUUACUAACAUCCCUAAUGGCAGCGAUCCCGAAAGCCAACCCAACUUCCAGGGGGUGGCCUCAAUGGCGAGUAGUGUUGGUCCUAGGUUGGCAAAGGUUCAUUUUGAUGGCAUUUUUACUGCAGAAUCCGACACUUCUGUACUGUACCCCACGACUGGGGUAACUUGCACACUUUCCGGGCAAUUACGGCGUGUGCAGUUCUUGAUGUCCUUGGUCCACCAUACUCGGAAUCUGAUGGCAGAGACUGCACAUAUUACCGCAGUCUGCCAUGUCCAAGAGCCUCAGGUGAAGGCGCACUGGCCGCAGGGGGAGUCUAUGAGCUGCUGGAGGAGAUACAGAUGCCUGAUGAUUUUUCCUUUGUUCUUGCACCUUACAGAGGUCCAAGAAUAGCAGAAAGCAACUGAAAACUUAAAGUGCAGUUGAAACAGGCGAAAGAUUGAAGCAGGCAUUUCUUUUUAAUGGGAUUUCCUGCACCCAACACAACAUGUGUACAUAUCAAGGAAAGAAGAGAGAGAGAGGAGAGAGAGAGAUAGAGAGAAGCCUCUCCUGCUCCCAUCUUUCCUGUUUUGUUGUGUUAUUUGUGCAGCAAGGGUCCUAUUUUGUUCCACCAUCGUUGGUGCUGGUGUCUCUUGACUUCCAAUACCCGUGUAGUCUUUCAACCGUGUGAUUCAUUUUAUUGACAGUUGGUACCGUGUGCAA